AUGUCCUCUCCCAGCGAGAAUAGGUUGCUGUUACCUUCAGAGUUCGGCGACUCUACGCCCUUUGCCUACGGUGCUUCCUUGAAUCCCAAUGACAACCCAGAGUCCAUCUCUAGGAAUGUGUUGGAGAGAAAUAUUCUGCGAAAGCUAGACUUUAGAACAAUGUAUCUUGUUCUUAUCUACAUCUUGAAUCAGAUGGAUCGAAAUAAUGCUGCCGCUGCAAGGCUUUGUGGUUUCGAGGAAGACCUCGGCAUGAAAGGUACACAGUUCAAUACAUUGAUCAGCAGUCUAUACGUCGGCUAUUUGUUCACGCAAAUACCUUCCAGAAAUAUGAUUCUCACUCGCAUAGCGAAACCAUCGCUGUAUCUAUCGAGCUGUAUAUCGCUAUGGGGUCUCCUGACCACUCUCAUUGGUGUGUUUUGUUGUAUUACUAUGUGUGUUGUGGCGAAUUUAAAAUGGACGGCAACUCAUGUUGAAGGAAUAUCCACGAACUACUACCAGGCACUUUCCUUACGUUUUCUGGUAGGAUUCUUAGAGGCCACCUUCUAUCCUGGUGUUAUAUAUUUACUUUCAAGAUGGUAUAAACGAGAAGAGCUUGGGUACAGGACCGCAUUCUUCACCGCAGGAAUUGGAGCUAGCAAUGUUUUUGGUUCUUUGUUUGCCUCUGGAAUUCUGGCGACCAUGGAAGGGUUUCUCGGCUAUGCUGCCUGGAGGUGGCUGUUUUUAAUAGAGGGCUAUUUAACAGUUUUGGUCGGCGUCUGUGGGAUGUUCAUACUUCCUGACUUUCCUUCGGGCUCUGCGCGUUGGCUCACUCCUGCAGAGCAUACUCUUGCUCGAAAGCGAAUGGAGGAGGAUUCAGAAUGUCAUGGUGCCGCUGAGCCUACGUCAUUCGGCGGCUUUUCCGAUGUCCUUUCACUGAUGACAGAUUGGAGAGCGUGGUUGGUUGGUACGGCAUCGUGUUGCUGUACUACAUCUCUGUCCUUCAGUAUGUUCUUCCCGACAUUGGUGGCCACAAUGGGGUACUCGUCUACCAUUAGUCUUUUGCUAUGUGCACCACCAUGGAUUGUGAGUACAAUCACCACAAUUGUUGUUGCACGUCAUUCCGAUGCGACGCGUGAACGCUUCGGGCACAUGGUCUUUGCGUUGUCGAUGUUAAUUACGGGAUAUAUUCUGGCUAUGUCUACGAUGGAUAUCACUGUUCGCUACCUCUCAUUGUUUCUCAUGGCUCAGUCGCAGGUCUCAAAUGCUGUCUUAUUAACGUGGACCAGCAACACAUUCGCUCGUUCCAGCUCCAAGCGAGCAGUUGCAAUCGCGUUCAUCAACACCGCUGGAAUGUUGGGAAGUGUCCUAUCGCCGUACAUCUGGGUAUCGAGCUGGGGUCCGACAUAUAACAACUCGUUCCACAUCUGCGUCGCGCUGGCUAGCAUAGCUAUAAUACUUUGUUGGAUCUUUAGAUGGCAUCUUGAGCGAUUGAAUGGAGUUGCCGAAGCGGAAGAGCGUGAACUGCGCCUUCCUAAAGGUUAUAGACAGUCUGCGCCCGCACGUUUCUCGCCAUUCGCCCUCGUUAUGGUCGAUGGCACUGCAGCACCAGAUCCGCUUGGGCUCAAUGAAGUAGCCUGA